AAAAGUCAGAUCAAGUCCAGUCUUCCCUCACAAAAAAACUUAAAUAAAUGGGUCGAGGAAAGAGAUGGAAUCCAGAGCAUUCACAGCUUUCAACAAAGAAAUCCAGUCUCAUACGCCAUUGUUCCUCAUCCUACACCAUCAUAUAAGGGGUGUAGAGAUUGAACAAGGAAACCCAUUUCCAAUCACUCACUGCAGCAAUGGAAGGUGUUCUUCUUCUUUGUUUUGCUCUUCUUGUAUUAUGGGUUACUUUAAAAAUAGGUUAUGCAGUAUGGUGGAGGCCUAGAGCCCUUGAAAAGCACUUGGAGAAGCAAGGGAUUAGGGGCCCUCCUUACAAGAUCCUGUUUGGGGAUGUAAAGGAGAGCAACAGGCUUACCCAAGAAGCCUAUUCGAAGCCCAUCGACCUUUCGCAUCAGAUCGUUCCUCGAGUUAUCCCCUUCUUUGCCCAAACCGUCAAGAAUUACGGCAAAAUAUGUGUAACAUGGUUUGGAAUGACUCCAAGAGUAAUUGUAAUGGAGCCUGAGAUGGUAAAAGAGGUCCUCUCAAACAAAUUUGGCCACUUCGAGAAGGCCCCGUCAAACCCAUUAACGAAGCUGUUAUUGUUGGGGCUUGUGGCUGCGGAAGGUGAGAAAUGGGCGAGACACAGGAGGAUCUUAAAUCCUGCUUUCCACAUGGAGAAGCUCAAGGGCAUGGUACCUGAAUUCAUUCUUAGUUGCAAAGAGAUGAUAGCGAGAUGGGGAAAGUUGGUUGGAGAAGAGGGCAGCUGUGAAAUCGAUGUGUUUCCUGAGCUCCAAGAAUUAACAGGCGAUGUCAUUUCUCGAACAGCUUUCGGGAGCAGCUAUGAAGAAGGGAAGCGUCUCUUUCAACUCCAACGGGAGCAACAAGAUCUUGUCAUCCAAGCUAUUCGAAAUAUUUACAUUCCAGGGUUCAGAUUUUUACCCACGGUAAAGAACUUCCGAAGGAAGAAGAUAGCAAAAGAGGUGAGAGCCAUCUUAGAAGACAUGGUCCAAAAGAGGGAAAAAGCAAUCAAAAGUGGGGCCACCAACUACCACGAUCUCUUGGGUUUAUUGUUGGAGUCAAAUAACACCAAUGAUAACAAAAGUAAAAUGACCCUUGAUGAUGUAAUCGAAGAGUGUAAACUCUUUUACUUUGCUGGACACGAGACCACAUCAAUGUUAUUGACAUGGACAAUGGUGGUCCUGUCUACGCAUCCCACGUGGCAGCAACGUGCGAGAGAAGAGGUUAUGCAAAUUAUGGGAUCUACGACCGAUCCACCCACUCUCGACCAAGUGGCCCACCUUAAAAUUGUAACAAUGAUCCUUUAUGAGGUUCUCAGGCUCUACCCACCAGUGGUAUUUCUCAUAAGGCAAACCUACAAGAGGGUGACUUUAGGAGGCCUAGAUUUUCCUGCAGGUGUCCGGCUUCUUCUUCCAAUACUCAUGAUCCACCAUGACCGAGAAAUUUGGGGAGACGAUGCAGAUGAAUUUCGGCCGGAGAGAUUCUUAGAAGGGGUAUCAAAGGCUGCUAAGCAUCCCUUGGCCUUCUUUCCAUUUGGAUGGGGACCCAGGAUUUGUAUAGGCCAGAAUUUUGCAUUGAUCGAGGCGAAGAUGGCAUUGGCCAUGAUACUGCAACAUUUCUCCUUCCACCUCUCGCCAUCUUAUACACAUGCCCCUUAUGCUCAACUUACUAUUCAUCCCCAAUUUGGGGCUCCCAUCAUCUUAGAAAAGCUCUAAGUUUGAUUUCAUCAAUCGACUGUUAAAGUGUUAUGUGUUCAUUUGGCUGUAUGCGUAUUCAGAGAACAAGUUAGGGAACUUAAAAUGUAAUUAUAAGAUAGCAAUUUAUAUGAGAUAUACCAAACAUUAGCAAUACAACAUCUCAAGUUCAGUUCUUA